GAAUAUUUCGCGCCGAUUUCACUUAUUUUUCAGUCGAGCUGAAUGCGGAAUCCACUUGCUUCUUUAUAAUUUUCGUUUAAUUGCAAAAUAAUUAAGUAAGUAAAUAAAUAUGGCGGAACCAAAUGAUGUAAGAGCCAUUGAAAGUAUUUCAGCUGCAGUCGGAGAAUCUCAAAUUAAGAUUCUUCUCUCGAAUCAAUGCAUGAAGGCGCAAGCAUUUCUAGUGAAUAGGCUCACAAAGCAAUUUACCCGCCAGAAAGAAAUAUCCAAAUUUAUUAGCAACGACAACUUGAAACUUGAAGCUGAAAUAAAAAAUGCCGAACAAGAGAUAAAAAGCUUAAUGCUGGCUCAUGAAAGCAUAAAAUCGGCAAAUGUAGAACUUAAAAAAGAGUGGCAGUUGGCCAAGGAAAGGACUCAAGAAACGGCGGAGCGCAUACAGAUAGGAGAAAAAAAAUACGAGGAGCUUUGGGAGCAAUGCAAAAAAAGAUACGAAAGUAUUAGCUUUGUGCAAAACUGGCUACAAGCUACUAAAAAGAAGGAAGCUUUACAGGAAAACAUUAAUGUGCUUGAAAAAGAAACCAAUGGACUUCUUGAUGAAAUUAAAAAUAAAGAAAACAUUAUAUCGGAAUUAACCAAGAAGCGAAUAAUAGAAUUAGCAGAAUAUUUUGUACACGAAAAACCGAAAGUUGAACAGGAUAUCUUGGCUCUAUCAAAGGAAAUUAAAGAACUGAAUGCUCAAAUUGAACAGCUCAUGAAGAGCCAGGAAAUUCAAAAUAUCCAAAACAAAGAGAAAGCGGAAGGUGCAGAGGCCAAUCUUCGAACACAAUCUCAGAAAUUGAGCGAAAUGAAAAUUGAUGACGGCUGGCUAAACUUGAACAAGAAUACAGCCAGCAAUGUGACCUUGAUGCCGAAGCUCCAGCUUAUGAAUAUCGACUUGGACGUCAUGAGUGUGAAAUUAGACCAGAUUAAAAAGAGCGACUUAAUUACUCCAAGUCCCGUAAAAGAAGUUACAACGGGGCAUCAAACUUUAGACAUUGAUGGAUCGAAAACUCCUGAAAAAGCAUCACGUGUUUCUUUAUAUUUUCAAAAUUCAGAAACCGCCGAUUCGACUGAUGGAAGUAACAGUCACAAUUACUCGAAACGCAAAUUGAUAAACAUACUGGAAGACAUCAAGCUUGACAAAAGUGAUACUUAUAAUAUUGUAUCAAAGGUUAACGUAAAUAAUUUGCAAGGCGUUUCGGAAAUAACCGCUCAUCCGAAUAAGAAUAAAGAUACACCCACUGAAACUUCGAAACAUAAGGUCCAAAUUCAACCCCAAGAAGCCGAAAUAGAAGAAUUGGAUUUAACGUCUUCAAAUGUGGAACACAUUAUACUGCCACCAACCGGGUUUUUAGACCAACUUAGGUGUUCUCAGGAGAAGAAGAAAACAGUAACAUUUGAUUUACCAUCCUCUGAGCAAAAAAUAUCAUUAGAUUCGAAGAAGUGUAGCCAAAGUCAAAGAGAUGAAACAGAUAUUGAAAACGAGGCAAAUGCAACAAUAAAUGGCAGUCCGAUGAACGAAAGCGCGGGCAGCGAAGAGAGCUUCACCAAAAUGAAAGACAUGAUAUUGAAGAAACACAACUUGGAUUUAUCCCCACCGUUUAUUUACAGCAAGAAUACAAUCACGCCUCAGAAACUCGAGGAGGUUGAGAAAUCCAGUUAUUUCAAACUGAGUUGUGAAGAAAUUCCUUCUAUUUCUGGAAUACAGUCAGGCACAGUGGAACCUACCAACGACGUAGAAGCAAUGGACGACGCUGAGCCGGAAGCGGCCGACGCACCAGAAAAUGAAGUCGAGGGCAAUGAUGUAGAAAUGGAAGUUGGUGAAAAUGUCAUCUCUAGUGUGAAGGAAAAUCGAGAGCAUAUCGCAAGGCCUAUAACUGGACUUCUAUUUAAUCACGGCACAGGCCUCCCUGACUCUCUGGAUAUUUCGAUCAGCACAACCGGCUUCGAAGAUGGCGAUGCAGACUACCCUCAAUAUUCAAGUCUUCUCCUGUCUCCUAAGGCUGACUUGCCAAUGCCUUCAACCAAUGACAAAGCUGAUGUUGUUAGCCAGGAUGUACCAAACUUCCUCUCAGGAUUGCGGAAAACUGGACUAUCCUUUUUUGGAAAUUUGGCAGGAACAAGUUCUAACACAGAAGACACCAGUGCACCAACUGGCAACAAUUUUAAUUUUGCAUUUGGAGGUGAUGAUAAGAAAAAGAGAGGUGGACUAUUUAAUAUGUUUAAUUAA